UUUCAGCCAAUCAGAACAUUGUUUUUCUCGCUCGUAUGUAAAGCUUCAGAUAAAUGGCGAACGGAAGGGCAAACUGUAAACAAAUGUAACACAACUGGAUGUUAUUUUAAAAAAGCGUUUUGUGUUUUCUUUGUAAAACAACACGGUAUUACGAACGCCGUGUUAAAAUACAAUCGGAAGCGUCUGAUAUGGAGUCCUCGCGCAUAUAACUAACUCAACGAUAGGGAGCUAUCUAACUUAGGCCUGCUGAAAUUUGCGCAGACAGGGAAUAUGGCAGGUCUGUAACGUGAUUCGGGCUGAAGAGAGAGAGAUCCUUACAGUUCGUACUAUUAUUACUCGAUUUGAAUGAUUUGUCUAAAAUAGCUGUACCCAAACGGCAACAUGAGCACAGACUCGGACAGCAGCAGGCCGUCCGAAAUUAACCAGAGGAAAAGAAGCGCAAGUCCAAGUGGAGCGUGCGAGCCCGCGCUGCCCAAGCACGCGAAAGUAACUGAAGAGGAACCGAGUAACAAAUCUCUUGAAGAUGCUAAACUCGGGAGAGUUGGCAAUGGCGAGCCAGAGCUUCCUAAAGGCGCUUCAUCGAGCACCGAUGAUAUCGAUAAGACAGACACAGGAAAGCGCGCGAGACCACCUGGCGCGGAUGCUGGAGAUGCUGGGUAUCAACAGCCGUCCGACUCCGCAGCUAUCGCCGCGGCCGAAGCGCUUGCCAGUCUGACCCGUGGAGAUCAAGAUGGCAAAGAAAUGCCUUGUUCUUCCAAACAAGGGAGCCGUGAGAAAUCCAAAGAUAAGUCAAAUCGUCCUGGUAGUUCCAAGGGAGCUGAGAGAGGGUCGCGGAUGACGGAGGCAGCCGCUGCGGACAGUUCUUCAUCACUGCUGCUCUGCGAGGACGCAGAAGAUCCAGAGCAGACGGCGUUUAUGGAUGAUGAUGGGGAGGAGGAGGAUGACAAUUCCCUUACUGGAUCUUCCUCCACAGCCAGUUCAUCGAUCGUCUCAGAUAAUGAGGAUAACGAGGACGGAGAGUGUGCUAUAGUUUCGGUGAAGAUGGCCCCGGAGGUGCGGCAGUCUGUUGCGUUGCUCGCACAGGUGCAGAUGCGCCUGGAUGCACUUGAAAAGAAAAACGCGCGUCUGCAUCAGCGCCUGGAGAUGAAAAUGAGCCGCCAGCGACGCCCUCACCUGGACCAACGAAGCGCCAUCACACAGGCUAUCCCUGGCUUCUGGGUCACUGCUCUUUUGAAUCAUCCACAUCUGUCAGCGCACAUUGAUGAGACUGAUGAAGAUGCUCUUAGCUACAUGACUAAUUUAGAGGUAGAGUGUUUCAAGAACAACAAACUUGGGUACCGGAUUGGCUUCCAUUUCAGACGGAAUCCAUUCUUUCAGAACAAAGUAAUAGUGAAAGAACUGCAUCUAGGAAGGGGAGGAUCUCCGGUGUCCUUCUCAAACCCGAUUUUGUGGCACAGAGGCCAGAGUCUAGUGGAAAGUGGAGAACCACAUAAGACGUCGCAGGGAGUCUACCAGAGUUUCUUUCACUGGUUCAAUGACCACAGCAACCCAGGGAGGGAUGACAUAGCACAGAUACUGAAAGAGGACCUCUACAAAAACCCUUUGCGGUAUUAUCUGACUCCGCUCUGGGAGCCACGACAGAAUGGCAGUGCUCCCAAACCUCAGAGCAGGAAUAAUGUUGAUGAGUGUGUGAUCAUCUCCGACUCGGAUGAAGAGCAGGAGCAGAAUGAUCAAAACCUGAACCAAGAGCAAGAAGAAGAACAGGAUGUUGAUGAUCAAGUUGGAGGUUCGGAAGAGAAUGACAGGGAUGAGGGGGAAUCCUCCUGUGAGGAGAGAGAGGAAUUAGAUGAGUCACGUGAUUCUGGUGGCUGUGAGGUCAGAGAGCAAGAACAGGAAGAGGGAGAUAUUGAUGUAGAUGAAGGGGAUGGUGAGGAGGAGAGUUAGGAGUUCACCGUUUCUUUAUAUGCAUUAUUUUAUUGAUGCUUUUUCUAGGUAAAUUUAAACUAUAUCACUUAAAAUUACUGGUUGGCUGUGCUUAUUAAUCAGGAUUUAGUCGGUACCCAAGUUUAAUUUUUAUUAUAAAAAAGAAUACACAGGUUUAAUUUGUACACACCUCCACUCCAAAAAGCAUCUUUUAUAGUUUCCUUGAGAUUUCAGCAUUUCAUUGUGCAUUUACAACUUUGCAUUGUUUUAUGGAAUUUAAAUAAUUUAUAAAAAUUAGUACUGUACCAUCAUUUGUGUCAUGAGUAAAAAGUUGAGGGUUCUCACACCAGAAGACGUUGCGGUACCAUAACCAGUAACAAAAAAGGCCUAGUAUGUUAUCCAAUUGCUCCAGUACUAAUUAUGUUAACUAAUUCCUGAAACUACUUGUAUUAAACUCCACCAUCACUUGUUAUUUCAUAAUAGUUACGAACUGUAGAAUGCAGUGUUGCCUUUUAAAGUAAUGAAAAAAAAAACGUUCUUGAAUGCACUUCAUUUUGAACCUAAUCUAGACAUCUCAGGGAUAUUUACUCUGUUAUGCUCCAUUUAUAGAUGUAUUUCUCUUUACAAGUUUAUUUCAUUCAAGUUUGUUCAUGAUUACUUUUGGUUUUAAUCAUUAAUUUGAUAGUGUCUUAUUACAUUAUGAAUGUCUAUUGUGGAUUAAUGCUCACUGUCACAUGAUGAUCGAUUCUUUUGUCAUGUAUAGGAAUUUAAUUAAAGUUGUCUAAGCGGAGAUAUGUAGACUGUCAACACACGCACAUGACCAUUUAUGAACUGUUAAGAAUUAUCAUUGUAUUUUGAUUUAAAUGAGCAAAUUUGAAGAUGCUAUGUAGCUUUAAGGCCAUGCUUUUUUUUGUUUGACUGCAUGGUGUAUACACUCAAUAUUCAUUAGGAUUUGUUGUGAAAUUAUUGUUUAUACAUGUUUCUUUGACUUUCCAUUUCUUUAUUGUAUUUUUUGUGUGCUUGUACUCAUUUGCAAUAAUAUUUCACUUCAAAACUGGCCAUGUCAAUUACAACAAAUUAUUGUAUUUUUUUUUUGUAAGGAAAUAAUGAUUUUAAAGCAGAAUAUUUAGUAUUGCUUUUAGAGCUUUGCUUUAUUUAAAAUAAAUUGGUUUAAUAGAUAAGCUGUACUCAUAUAUUGUAAUGUACUGAAUUCAACUUUUCCCCUUGGCCAGUGGUUUGUACAUAAUCCUUGUCCCUUUUAAAAGGGGUUAUAAUUUGUAAUCGAGUUACUGAUGUAAACUUGACCUACAAAUUCAAAAAGAAAAGCUAUAUUUUGUGUGCAAAAUUUUAUAGAUGACUAAAUUUUUUUAAUCUGCGUUUGUUUUUGUUUUCAACAUUAAAUAAAGUUGUGUUACUGUU